AUGCCCCCAUGGUCCCUCGACAAGCCAACGACCAUCUCUCGCCCCCCCGCCACCAUUUCAUUCCUCGACACUUGGGACACAACCAUUGUGACAACUAGCACAGUCAUAACAUUGCCCCCCGUCACCACGACCCUGAUCGAAGUGUGGAACGUGAUAUGGAUCAGCGGCAGGAAUGAGGAUGAGAAGAAUCGGACUACAGUAGGCCUCACUUCGAGCGUCGAUUUUCCGCCAGUCACUCUCACCAGGACCAGGGCAGGACAGACACCUGUCACUUGGACAUAUUCACCUGGGCCCUGGCCUACCAUAAAUUCAGACGAUGAUAACCCUUUCCCUCCUCCCCCCCCUCCUCCUCCGGGUAAGCCAUCAUCUGUCACUGCCGUCAGAGGCCCGCCAAAGCCGACAUGCAAGCCUGGAAAAAAGUGCGGAAGCCGUUGUAAGGUCAACUGCGGUGGUGGGGAAGACGACGAUGAUAGCGGAGGCGGUGGCGGUGGUGGCAGAGGCCGUGGCAGAGUUCGCAACAAGCAAGUCAAGCAAGUUUUGACAGUCAACUUGACUUACUUGGCACGAUUUUUGAAUAAAAUAAUACUUGCUUGA